AUGUUUAUGUGUGAAUCCUGUGAUGGUUACUUUGACAGCAUGCAAGUCUUCAAAGAGCACCAAUGUUAUUUGGAGCAAGAAAAGGAACAGUCACAUCAAAAUCUGCAGCAGGAACAAUGUAAAAAUUGCAUUUGGAGCAAACAUGCAACUCUAAUGCUGAUAGAAACAUACAGGAAAUAUGAAAAUGCUGUCAAAAGUGGCAAAAUGAGAAAGAAAAUAGUAUGGGACAACAUUUCUACUGUGUUAAAGAGUAGUGGUUACACUAUUACUGGAGAACAAGUUGCUGGAAAGUGGAAAUCCCUCACCAGAGCUUACAAAAAUGUGAAAGACCAUAAUAACAAGAGUGGAAACGACACCAAGACAUUUGAAUAUGAAGAAGAACUAGAUACAAUAUUAAAAUAUGAUCCAGUCAUUACACCGAAGUUCACCAUUUCAUCCAGCUCAGCAUCAAGCUCCUCUGCUUCCAGCUCGACAAUGAAACGUCCAAGAUCUACAUCUCCAAGUUUGGACACUGAUGAAGAGAUAGAUGAUAACUUUAGUGUUACAUCUCAAUGUUCAGAAGAAAGUGGGUCUAGUAGUAGUAAGGUUAUUGUUAAAGAAAAGCCUAAAAGUAAGCACCCCCGGAGAUCAAAUGGAAAUGAAGUUGUUGAAGUAUUUAAAACAUAUGUACAGGAUCAAAAGGAAGAAUGGAAAAAAAGAGAAAGGAUGCAUGAGGAACGCUUAGAUGUUAUGAAAAGCCUUGUAAAGGCUUUGACGAAGAGCGAUAACAAAUAG